AUGGGGUUAAUUCCAGGUAAUUUCUCUUAAAUUCGACUGAUUUUUUAUUUACUAAUUGAAAUUGUGGGGCCUUGCGUUUUGAAAUCAUUUUUUUUCAAUUUUUAUGCUCUUUAAACAUUGAAAAUUUCAGGAGGAAGAGAGAAAAGGAUGAACAAAGUUUAUUCGAUAGCGCCAAGAAACAUUGAAGCCAAGGUAAUUUUUUGAAAUGAUCUUUUUAUGGCCGUCAAAGCCUUGAAAAAUUGAAAACUUGUAAAGAAAAUUAAACUUUUAGCGACCAUUCACCGACGAUGCCCCUGAAUAUUACCCUCCGGCAUUUUGCGAACUAGUCCACGCGUCGAACGCAGUGUAUGUCUCGGUGGCUUUGCAGACAACCUUUUUGAUCACAUUGGCCGUUCUUUACCAUUAUUUCGAGGAGAAUGAAUUUAUCCAUGCGGUCGAGGUGUUCCGUCCGGCCUUAUUGUUUAUUGGAGCAGCCAAUUUGGUUGGAAUUUGUUGUGCGGUAAGUGUAAAAUACGCGGUUUAUUUUUUGCUUGAUAUUUGAAAAUAAUAUUUUAGGACUUGCAAAAAUUUACCAGUCUGUCGGGAAAAUAAUGAGCACUCUGUCGGAUCGAAAAUCGCAUCGCUGCCGAGAAAAUGAAUUAAGCAAAAUCAAAUUGGUUUUCACUUCAGCGAUGCGAUUGGUGUGGAGACACUGUUCUCAUUAUUUUUCCGACAGACUGAAAAUAUUUUUUUCGAUUUCUGGACUAUAAUAUUUCCACAAAAAAUCAAUUUUUUCUGUUCGGAAUUGUUGAAGGUAUGACCAAAAAAGGCUUUUCUUUCUCAUCGCUCUCGCGUUUUGCGUACUCUCGCGCCCAGAAAAAAUGGUUGAAUACUGUCGGGGUAAAACGCAAACCAAUCUGAAAUUUUCUGGAAUUGAGCUGCGGUCUAUGCACUUUAUGUAAGAUAAAUUUUAAUUUUUCUUUAUAAUUAAUCAUUUUGGACCUCUCCGAUAGAAUAAUGAACAAACCGUUUUUUUGUUUAACCCCUACUCAUUUGCACAGUGUCUCGUCUACAAAAAUCUCCAAUUUCCCAUCAGUUCUAUAUAAAAUCAAUUCAUUUUCAGUUGGCCGGCGCGAUCCUCGAAAAAGAGACACUAAUCUCGUUCCAAAGCCUCUGCUUAACGGCCCUUGUAUUCCUCAGCGACAUGAUUGCGUUGGCGUUGGUUUUGGUGAUGGCGAUUGGAAGUCGCUCAAAAUUCACUCAAAGCGUACCCGGUUACUUGGUUAACGGCAAGAAGUUCGAAGCACUGUUGGGACCAUUCUGGCUCUAUUUAUGUGCAAUCAUGUUCCACAUGUUGGCCGCGUCGAUCACUUGUAUUAUCGGGGUGAAUCGGCGAUACACGAAGUAUUUGUUGGUAGGUAAAUUCUCUUUGUUUGCUGGGGAUUUGGUGAGCUGUUGGACUAGUGCGGCUAACGGGUCAUACGACAUAUCUGAUCGGUCAGAUUUGUCAUCGUGUUAAGCAGAUAGACAUAGGUUUUUAAAAUAGUCUAACAAAACUUUUUUGAUGUGUCAGUUUUUUAUCACAAAUCGCAAUGGGCAGUUGAGGUACGUGAUGUGCUUUGUGAGUUCAACAUUUCUGGAAAUGGUUGAUAAAAAUGAAAAUCACGGAAAUCAUCAAUUUCUCAAUGUUCUUCGCAUGUCUAUUCUAGAGCUUAAUGUUUGAUAAGGGGUUCAAAUAUUUUAUAAUAGUCCAAAUCACAAUACACAUCCAUAAAUUUUUUUCGAAAACAGAAACAAAAUUAACUCCCACCCAUUAUUAUUCCAUGUAUAAUUUUAAUUUUUAAGUUUUCGUAUUUUUUUAAUUACAGUUACAAAAUAUGUUUAAAAAAGUAAAACAAGAUAGUUAAAGGUUAGCGCGAAAUAAAGAAAUCACCGUUUAUUUGAAAAAACUUAGAACUCAAAGCGUUAUACUGCAUAUACCACCUCUAAUACGUAUUCAAACUCCAAAAUUCCCGCUUUCAUUUUUGCAUAAGACAACAAAAAUCGCGCCUCGUUCCCGUUGUCAAGCCGUGAGGCAUAUCUAAUUGUUAAAGGCACUUAAACACUGAGUCCCUUUCUUCACUUUUACUGAUAACGAGCGAUUUGAUGGUCUUAUUCCGUUUCAGGACAAGCAGAAUUACACUCAACUCCAGACGGAUGUGCUGCGGCCCGGACACGUGGCGUAAGACCAACAGCUUUGUCGUUGAUUAUUAUUAUUGAUAUUGUGCUUUUCCUUUUGAUCAUCAUAUUUAUGGUAUUUUUAUUCUAUUUUUUAUUUUGAGAGUACCUGUUCGAAGAAGGAGGAUUAGGAGUUUCGCCAGUGAGAUUUGUAGAUUUAGUCUGCGAAUAACUUGGGAAAUAAUGAAUAAAAAUUUUAGAAAAAGUUAGGUUUUAGGGCCUCUGUGAUCCCUUUUUUUACAGCAUAACUUCCAAAAUUUCUUUUCCACAAAAUCAAGAAAUCCAGGGGUUAAAAUGGCAUCACUCCGGCGUCGGACUUUGCGUACGAACUAACAGAGAUUAUUUUGGCAAAAUAUUAGUACAUUGCGGACCCAAAAAUAAAAUUUUUGCUACGGUUUAUUUAUUAUUUCUCAAGUCAAAAUAAAUAAGAAUAGGCCUUCCAAGUCCCGAUGUUCUGCAUGUGUUUUUUCCUUUGACAAACCGCUGAUAUUCCCAUUUUUUCUCAAUUUGCAAAUUCCAAUCUUUUACAGCAUAAUUACUUUUUUGAUGACCAAACUUUUGAGACAGAUAAUGUAGGGUAAAGAAUGUUGAAAGACUGUUCAUAAGCCGCUGAUUACGUCAGCCUUUUUGAUUAAAUUUUUUUGGCUACCAAACUUUGGAGAAAGAGCAAAAAUGCUCUAAAUUUUUAAAAAUUCCCUCAAAUGUAUCUUUUCCAUAUCUUAAUCAUAAAGGUAUUUUUGAGUUCAUUUCGACAUAGUUUUUAACGUGUGAUUAGAAAAGAACUUUGCUUAUGAUGCUUCAGGUCUUUUAGGUUUAUAUUUAUUUUAAAUUUAUGGAAUUUUGUCGCGAACUUUUUUCAUGUUCUUUCAAUGUAGUUUUGUGUGUGCAAUAAAUCUAUUUGAAAACGAUUGUUCGAAUUUUUGAUUUUUUUAGUUGUUAAAGAAUAGUUUUAAAAUUUUGCUUCUUUACAUUUCAGUUCACCUUUCACAAGGUUUUUUUGGCGAACACCCACGUAUAUGUCCGUUCUCUUCCGUCAUGGCCCUAUUGAAGAAGAAGACGAGACUGAGGAAGAGCCUCGAUUUCAUAUUGAACUACCUGCGGACGAUGCGAAUCCAACGGGCCUUCAACGGUUCGCAGAAAAGAUGGAAAAGAUGGGGCUGGCCCUCAAGGACAUGAGCGCGGCGGCCGUCAUGUUCCUACUGUAUAUGGGUUGGGCAUUUGGGGUAACAAUCCAAGCGCCGGAUGUCUAUAUGAGGUAAAUAACAGUGGCUUCAAGCGAUGACUAAAAAUUGCGAGAAAGUUAUGUGUUCCAAUUGCGGACCACAAGGUUUAUAUAAAUUUGCACCCAGUUGAUGACUAUGCCAUUGAGUUUUAGUUUGAGUUUUGCAUAGGAAACCGAGACAUUCAGCCGGCUUUUCUAUCUAGAGAGGAUGCGAAGCACGGAAAGCGGGGAGCGAAAUAUGAGCGUCUUAGUUCCAGCACCUUUCCAGCUAGACCAUAUUCGAUUAGAACAGUGAAACUUUUUGAUGACAUCCCAUAAAAGCCAAUUUUUCAUCCUCAAGCUUUCAGGAUUUGCGAGGACGACCACUACGAGUAUGAAUGCCUCAACAUGACCUCCCAUAUCGAACACGAAGUGCAGCGCAAAGCGGCGGAUUGGACCCUAUAUCAAGCAUUAGCGUAUUUUGCACCCGCCAUGGUAGUGGACACUAUUUUAGGCGCUUACGGCGAUAAAUACGGAAGGCAGAUCAAUAUUCUGCUCGGGAUUGUCGGCGUUGCUAUCAGCGAGUAUGGAUUUCUACUAACUUUGAGCGAAACUGUGUAUGCGCCGUUUUAUAUAACGACGAUUUUUGGAUUGGUUGCGGGAAUGACCGGCUUCUUGGCCAUGGUAAGUUGGGCAGUAGAAGGGUUGUAAAUACGGCUGACAUUGUCUCACAGUACUUUUAUAGGUUCCAGUCUCGUUAAACGCGUAUCUAGCGGACCACACAGACGAUCAUGACCUUCUUACGAUCAAGGCUGGUGUACUAUCCGCCGCUCAAUGCCUUUCCACCGUAAUCGGCGGAAUUCUUGGUGCAGUUAUAGCGCUUCAUGGCCCGAUAUAUCAAACGAUCAGGUUAGCAGGAGCUGUUGACAUUGAAAUUGCCAUUUUUGUCCUGGCUUUUACCUUUACGUUAUUCAAAAUUCCACAAAAACGAGGCUAUCGUCAAAGGCUACAACGAGCGUCAACCUUAUCCAGCAAUUCGCAUACGGCGACGGAAAGUUGCGGCGACUUUUUUCGCGAGCUUUGGGCCCUUUUGAAGUCCGGAUUCACCGUCUAUUUGAAGCGAAGACCCGGUCAUCGAAGGGGCUUCAUGUUUGUGGCGGUAAUCAUGCUCAUGGUCACGUAUACCACUACGAUUGAGACCAGACUGAGUAAGUGUUGCGUAUACUUUUAUGAUUUUGUUUUAGGCCCGCUGCUGACGAGAUACGUGUUUCGCAGUAAGAAGCAUGGAGGGCUGGAGUGGGAUUCCUUCCAUCUGGGCAUCUGGAAUGCCAUGGGUUAUUUUAUUUGUAAGUUUUGAAGUUGAAAAAAAUACUAUAAAAAAUUGAGGCUUCUGGCUUGAAAAGACUACAGUUCUAUUUUUCAUUUCAGUGUUCAUUGGCACAUUUGUCUUCCUCCCGCUGUUCAAACGACUCCUCAAACUCCGCGAGACCACAAUAAUGCUCAUUGGGUUGGCUUCAUCCGCCCUUCGUGCCAUCGGAAUCGGAUUGGCCACCGAGACCUGGCACAUGUACCUGGCCAAUGGCGUCGGAAUAUUCUCGGAAAUGGUUCAGCCAGCAGUUGUCUCAUUCAUCGUUCAGCUAGUGCCUGCCGACGAGAUUGGCCGCGCCUUUACCUUGUUCGGAAUAGCAGCGGAUUUGGCGUUCAUUCUAACGAACUUGAUCUACAACAACAUCUACAAAUUGACCGUGUCGUGGAGGCCCGGGUUUAUGUUCGAAUUUAUUGGAGCAGUGGAAUUGAUCGUAAUGAUUGCUGUGUUUUGGAUGCAUUAUAAAAGUGACAAGGAGAAGAUUGGACAUACUGCCGCGUUGACGACGAAAAAUGUAAGCGACAAUAAAGCAGAAAAAAUAUAAAAAUAAUUUUUACGAGUUGCCUAAGGGCCGAAAAAAUAAAAUUUUUUUGGCUUACUCUAUUAUAAUAUUUCUCUGCUUUCAGAAAGUCCGAGCGGUCAGCAGCGUCAUCUCCCAGCAUCAGCAAUACAGCCCACGCUCUGAUUUUAACGAAAAACGCCAUUCCCUGUUCUACUAG